AAAAACAGUUAAUUUCUCGUAUUUAUUCAUGAUACACGAUAAGAAGUCAAAGGCCAAUUGGCAUGGAUCAUAUUAUUAAUAAAUAUUUGAGAGCACUGCCACAUUUUAAAUAUACCAGUUGACCCGAUAUUCUUCUACAGUUAUGGCUUUAUCAAACAAAUUUAUUGUGGUGUUAGUUUUAUUAAAAUUGUUUUUUUGUGGAACGACCUAUUCUACAUCGGCCAACAAGAAUUUAGUUGCCGUUGUUCAGAUAUUUAGACAUGGACAGAGAACGCCAGUUCAAUUCUAUACCAAUGAUCCAUAUUCAAAUAUAUCUUUUUGGGAUGGAUUAGAACCGGGACAACUCACAAAUGUAGGAAAACGUCAACAAUAUCAAUUAGGCCAAUUUUCCAGACAUAGAUAUAAGGAUUGGUUAUCUUUGAUUUAUGACAAAAAUGUAUUUUAUGCACAAACGACAGAUGUGGAUAGAACUCAUAUGUCAGCACAAGCUAAUAUUUAUGGUCUCUAUCCAGCAGAAGGUGAUGAGGUAUGGAAGCCACGUUUAGAUUGGCAACCGAUUCCUAUCCAUCCGGCUGAUGCCAACAUAAUUUCAAGUUUUCCAGACUGUCCAAAUUUCAUCAAAGAAUGGGCGAAUGUUCUAUCGUCUACAUAUUUUUUAUCUCUUGAUAAAUUAUAUGCUCCUAUUUAUAAGUAUUUAACGGAAAAAUCAGGAGAUAAUAUAACCAGUUUAUCUGAAGCAAGUGAUAUAUACGAUUGUUUGAAAAUUGAAUCUGAUGUUGGGCUCAAAAUACCUGAAUGGAGUAAUAUUGUUUUCCCUCAGUACUUAAAAAAUAUAAGUGGUUAUUCAUUUAAAUCCCUUUCAUACACAACAAAACUUCAACGAUUAGGUGGUGGUCCGCUAUUAAAUGAAAUAUUGAAACAUUUUGAAAGUUUUCAAGUGAAAGCUACCAAUCCAAAGUACAAAAUUUAUAGUGCUCACGACUCUAAUAUAGCUAUGAUUCUUAAUAGUUUGGGGGCAUUCGAUCCACCCUACCCACCAGAUUUUGCAAGCAGUAUAUAUUUCGAAUUGAGAAAGAAAAAUGGAAAGUUUUACGUGAACGUCUUUAGUAAAAAUAAUAAUGAUUUCAAACCAGUUUCCAUUCGAGGAUGCGAUUUAGAUUGUCCAUUAAGUGAAGUGCGGGCAAGAUUAAGCGACAUUCUUAUUGACGUGAAACUUAGAAACGCUGAAUGUACAGAAAAUUUAUAUUUUUCGGAUAAAAUAGCUGAAGAAAGAUAUAACAAACUUAUAACAUCUGGUGAAUUAAACAAAACAAUAAUCAGAUUCUAAAAAAUAUAUAUUGAUAAUUAUUGUAUUCUAAGUGGAAAUCUUGUUUUUUUUACGUAAAUAAUAGUAACAUCUACUAUUUAUAAAAUUUCGUAGAAUAAACGCAAUCAACCCAAAACUACAGAAUAAUUUGUUAUAAUAAAUAUAUGGUUGUGUGUAUGAUUAUUAUUUUUUGAUAUUAAUAAAACAAUGCAACUUUUCUCGUAAUUGCAUCCUGAUUUAUAAA